AUGGCUGCAUCAAACUCCUCAUCCAUAAAUGAGGAACAAGAGGCUUUGCCUCAUAGCAGGUGGGGAGGCCAAAAUAUCUCAGAAUAUUGUGAUUGGAAUGGUAUUGUGUGUAAUGAAGCUGGAAGUAUUACAAAUAUUUCAACGGGGCAUUAUUUUUAUGUUCCUCCAACAGAACUCCAGAUUCAGAACUUCAAUAUAACUGCUUUUCCCAAUUUAAUCCAUCUAGAACUUAGUGAUUUGGGACUCAAAGGAAGCAUCCCCAAAGAAAUAGGCUCUCUUACAAAGCUCAAGUAUCUUGACCUGUCCUCUAAUUGUCUUCAAGGAAAUGAGGAAAGAAGAAAGAAUGGAGACUUAUUCUCAAUUUGGAACUAUGAUGGUAAAAUUGCAUUUGAAGACAUAAUUAAGGCCACAGAGGACUUUGAUAUCAGGUAUUGCAUAGGAACUGGUGCUUAUGGAAGUGUAUACAAAGCACAACUUCCCUGUGGUAGAAUUGUUGCACUGAAGAAGCUUCACAAAAUAGAAUCCGAAAAUCCAUCUUUUUGCAAGAGUUUUUGCAAUGAGACCGAGAUCUUGACAAAAAUUCGCCAUCGUAACAUCAUUAAACUUUAUGGUUUUUGUUUGCAUAACAAGUGCAUGUUUUUGGUGUAUGAGUACAUGGAAAGGGGAAGCUUGUUUUGCAACUUGUCCAAUGAUGUGGAAGCACAAGAGUUGAAUUGGAGCAAGAGGGUAAAUAUUGUGAAAGAGAUAGCCUAUGCCUUGGCUCAUAUGCAUCAUGAUUGUACUCCCCCUAUUGUUCAUCGAGAUGUUACUAGCAACAAUAUUUUGUUGAACUUGGAGUCACAAGCUUAUGUCUCAGAUUUUGGCACAGCAAAACUUCUUGAUUGUCAUUCAUCUAAUCAAAGUUUCCAUGUUGGCACUUAUGGAUAUGUUGCUCCAGAAUUGACUUAUACCUUGACUGUGACUACAAAAUGUGAUGUUUAUAGCUUUGGAAUGGUGGCUUUAGAAACAAUGAUGGGUACACAUCCAGCUGAAUUGGUUUGCUCUUUGCAUAAACCAUCUAUUCAAAACAAGAAGCUGAAAGAUAUAUUGGACUCACGUAUUCCACUACCCUUUUUUCGAAAAGAUAUGCAAGAUAUUGUGCUUGUUGUAACAUUAGCAUUAGCAUGCCUGUGCCCGGACCCAAAAUCAAGACCAUCAAUGCAGGAAGUAGCUAAUGAGCUUUUAGUUUCCAAGUCACCAUUGCUUUGGCAUUUUCAGGACAUUUCAAUCAACCAAGUGAUUAAUCAAAAAAUAUGUUAUAGGUAA